AUGGCUCCAAUCAAGACUACCAGAAAAGGUCGCGCAACCGGAAACGCUGCUGUGGGUUCCUCAGGCAACAACAUCGACACCACAGACAACAUCCAGACUACCUCAGGUCACUCGACCCAAAAAGGCAGGGUCAAUAAGCGGGUCGUGAAGAACAAGGCCAAGGACAACGCAGCCCAAGGUGCUGAGAAGUGGACCGAACAGGAGCGACAGACACUCCUUGGCUCCAGGGCCAUUCACAAACACUGGAAACAGACCAGCGAGAUCCUUGGUCGGACCGACCAAUCAGUCAGAUCGGAGUUCAAGAAGAUGAAAGACGGCGAACGCAACAAGGCCGGAGGAGUUGACUGGCAGCAAAAGGCUGUCGCUUGCGACCAGCAACGUGUCAACAGCCCUCCUGUGCCUCAGGCAGGACCUGUUAGCACCCCAACGACUCUUGGUAGCAGUACGACCGCGAUCAACAGCACAGCAAUAACGCCUCAGAGCAGCACGCUCUCGGCAGCCAGCACCGUGCCCAUCAAUACUCCUUCGGUCCAGGUAGGACCGAGCAAUAUCACACCGACUUCGGGUGAAAGCUCGACCUCCGCCAACAGCGCCGCAAGGACCCCUGAGAGCGGCACCCUCUCAGCACUCAGCCCCCUGCCUGUCGACAGCCCCAUCGAACCCGCGAAACAACACGUGCUGGAACCCAGCAGCCACACCAUGUCUCUCGUACACAGCGAUCAAUGGGGCAUCGGCAAACGCACAAGGGCUCUCACAGAUGAAGUAGCUCACCCGAGCCAUGUCAGGGGUGACUCAAACCCAGACACGGGGCGACAAAGCAUGACGACGCCCCUUCAGCAGGACGAAGAGGAUGAUUUCGCCUACAGGGUACCAUACCAAUGCUUCAAGGCCCCGAAGGAGAGGAGGCAACUCAAGCCAACAGAGUUCCACCCGACCGAUUACUGGGUUUACGGGCGAACUAUCGAAGAAGAGCCCGAGCGCGAGACCAGGCCCAGCAAGUACUUCUUCCAAAAGGAAGGGUAUCAUCAAGAUAAAAAUGGGACUUGGUGGUACGAUCACCCGUAUGGUUUCUCGAGACCAUGCCCUCUUAAGGCUGGUCCCGAUCGAAAGGAUCACUUCAAACUUCGUCCACUGCGAGCUGCAGAGAUAGACGCAGACCUGCUUCUCUUCUCUGCUGCCUCUGGUUGA